AAAACUGGCUUUGAUUUGAAUAACUUAUGCCCGGAAUAUAAAUCUUCAUUUCUCUCUCGUCUUACGUUUGAAUGGUUUUCUCCAUUGAUAUACAAAGGAUACAAAAAGCCGUUGACUACCGAUGAUAUGUGGCAUUUGAACACUGAAAACAAAUCAAGUUUUAUCAUUGAAAAGUUUAACAAAGUUUGGUUACCAAUCAUUCAACGCAAAUGGAGUCCUAAGGAUGGCAUUUCCAGUCAAGACAUUAACAUUUUUGUGGCUUUAAUGAAAACAUUUUGGCCGCAAAUGCUUUUCGUUGGUCUCAUUAAAUUAAUUACUAGUCUAUUGACAUUUAUGAGUCCAUUAGUAUUGGAUUUACUCAUUGGAUUUAUGUCUCCGGACAAUACUGAACCCAAAUGGAGGGGUUAUUUCUACGCUUCCCUUAUAUUCGUGUCACCAUUUAUUGAAUCAAUACUUAGCGGACAAUACGAUUACAGGAAUAAUUUGAUUUUAUUGAAAAUCAGAGCUUGCAUUAUAUCCGUUGUCUAUCAAAAGAAUCUAAAGCUGUCGAAUAACAGUCGCAAAAACUACACAACCGGUGAGAUUGUAAACCUAAUGUCAGUGGACUCGCAACGAAUGACGGACUUCAUGCAAAUGAUGAACAUAUUAUGGUCGGCACCGCUUCAGAUCUGUGUCGCGUUAUACCUGUUAUGGCAACAGUUAGGGAUCGCAACUCUGGCCGGAAUGGCAUUUAUGCUACUUUUGAUGCCCGCCAACGGCUUUAUUGGCGCUAAAAUGCGCUCAUUUAGCGGACAAANCAACGGCUUUAUUGGCGCUAAAAUGCGCUCAUUUAGCGGACAAGUCAUGAAAAUGAAAGAUAAAAGAGUGAAACUUAUGAACGAAAUAUUGAGUGGUAUUAAAGUGUUUAAAUUGUAUUCAUGGGAGACAUCGUUCAAAGAACAGGUCGUUUCACUUCGGGAGACAGAAGUCAAGUCACUUAACUCUAUAGCAUACCUGAGCGGCUCAAUGGCAUUCACUUUUGUUUCGGCACCAUUUUUUGUCGGUUUAUUUAGUUUUACGGCAUUUGUUUUGAUGUCUUCUGAUAACAUCUUAGACGCAAAUAAAAUAUUUGUCUCGCUUUCACUCUUCAAUAUCAUGAAAUUUAACGAUCAUUUUUUACCUAAAGGAAUGCCUCUCGGAUUCUUUCCAAACUUGAUAUCAUUCGGUGCAUUGUUUUUGGUAUCCCUUCGAAGAAUUAAUGAGUAUUUAAAUGUGGAAGAAAUAGACGAGACAUCCAUUUCUCGGAAGGAGAAUAAAGAGACGCCAAUAGUUGUGGAGAACGCGUCCUUCAAGUGGAACAAAGAGAGUCCGAAUGUCUUAAAUAAUAUCAGUCUUAGAAUCAAGAGGAAUAAAUUGGUGGCUAUAGUGGGUCAGGUCGGCGCUGGGAAAUCCUCACUCCUUUCCUCAUUAUUAGGAGAUUUGGACAAAAUUAAGGGCAUUAUAAAUGUGAGCGGAAGUGUGGCUUAUGUACCACAACAGGCGUGGAUACAGAACUCGACUCUCAAACAGAAUAUUUUGUUCACAAACAAAAUUAACGAAAAAUUUUAUAAGAAAGUCAUCGAUUCGUGUGCUUUAGAACCGGAUUUGAAAAUACUUUCGGCCGGAGAUAUGACUGAAAUCGGCGAAAAGGGAAUCAACUUAUCCGGAGGUCAGAAACAAAGAGUAUCCCUCGCGAGAGCCGUCUAUUCUAAUGCAGACAUCUAUUUACUCGACGAUCCGCUCAGCGCCGUUGACGCACAUGUGGGCCGACAUCUUAUGGAUCAAGUGAUUGGUCCGAACGGAAUACUUAAACACAAGACCAGACUUCUGGUGACCCACAGGGCAUCCAUUCUAACAAAUGUGGACCAAAUUAUUGUCCUCAAAGACGGCUCGAUCAGUCUUAAGCCGUGA